UUUUACGCUUCUCCGUGCACAGAGUGACGGUCUUCGUUUCAGAGCGGAAUCGGGCAGUCGAGGUUGGGUCACGUCGGUGCUUUCAGAUUUAGAAACACAGUGUCAGCCGUGCAAGCGCGCGCAGUGCGGAAGUAUCGCUUUACGAGAGUAGCGUUACCAUCGUCUGUGUGCCGGGAAGCCGCGUUUCCUGUCUGUCGCCUUUCAAAGGAAUGCGCGUGUAAAAAAAAAUAAACCGUACCUGCACCAGCGCGAGCUCCGGAUUCAUUCUUAAUUUCUUCUUCUUCUUCUGAGGAGGAGGAGAACCGUGAGGAAUCCCGCCUCGUGCGUCAUCUACAACGGUGACUGCGUUUGUGUAGCGCGUGAGCGUGGAGUACAAGUGACCAUCCCGUUUCUCAUCGGAGGACCGCCGCGGUCACCUAAACCUCACCACCGGGAUUUGCUUCAUCAGCCCCGGAGACGCAGAACCUCCCGUUACAGUUCUACACUUCAGAAGCGAACAGAAACUAGAGACCGGGGAAAAUGCCGCUCGCGCAGCUUGCAGAGCCAUGGCCCAAAAUGGAGCUGGUGCAGCUGGAGACGGAGAAUGGACAAAGCACCACUGAAGAUGGAGUCGCUCCAGGGGUCAAGAAAGUGUGUGACAUCACGUGGGUGGAGAAGGACUUUGCCAAUAUUAACAGGAAGGAAGACGAUGUCAUCAAAGAGAUCAACAUUACGCACGUGGUCAAGGAAGGGGCGGAGAAGGCGGACCCCUCGCAGUUCGAGCUGCUCAAGGUGCUUGGGCAGGGCUCCUUUGGAAAGGUGUUUCUGGUGCGGAAGGUGACACCACCUGACAACAAUCAGCUCUAUGCCAUGAAGGUUCUCAAGAAGGCCACACUUAAAGUGCGAGAUCGUGUCCGGACCAAAAUGGAGCGAAACAUCCUCGCAGAUGUCAAUCACCCGUUUAUAGUCAAACUGCACUAUGCCUUUCAGACGGAGGGGAAGCUGUAUUUGAUUCUGGAUUUUCUGCGGGGAGGUGAUCUCUUCACCAGACUCUCAAAAGAGGUUAUGUUCACAGAAGAAGAUGUAAAGUUCUAUCUGGCAGAACUGGCUCUGGGUCUGGAUCACCUGCACGGCAUUGGCAUCAUCUACAGGGAUCUAAAGCCUGAAAACAUCCUGUUAGAUGAAGAGGGCCACAUCAAACUCACAGAUUUCGGCUUGUGUAAGGAGUCCAUAGACCAUGAGAAGAAGGCCUAUUCAUUCUGUGGGACCGUGGAGUACAUGGCCCCCGAGGUGGUGAACAGGCAGGGCCACAUCCACAGCGCUGACUGGUGGUCAUUCGGGGUACUAAUGUUUGAGAUGCUCACAGGGUCUCUACCGUUUCAAGGAAAGGACCGAAAGGAAACAAUGAACCUCAUUCUGAAGGCACGGUUAGGGAUGCCCCAGUUUCUAAGUGCCGAAGCUCAGAGCCUGCUGAGAGCACUGUUCAAGAGGAACCCCACCAACAGACUAGGCUCUGGGCCAGACGGUGCUGAGGAAAUCAAGCGUCACUCCUUCUUCGCAACUAUUGACUGGAAUAAACUCUUCCGUCGGGAGAUCAAGCCUCCGUUUAAACCAGCUGUGGCUCGACCCGACGACACUUUCUACUUCGACUCAGAGUUCACCUCCCGCACCCCCAAAGAUUCUCCCGGUGUUCCCCCGAGCGCCGGAGCUCAUCAGCUCUUCCGUGGCUUCAGCUUCAUCGCCACCGCGCUGCUGGAGGAAGAAGGUACAGAAGAAUCGGCUCAGCCUCCUCCUCACCCUGUGGUCCAGCAGCUGCAUGGUAAGAACACAGUGUUCAGCGAUGGCUACGUGCUGAAGGAGGAUAUCGGCAUGGGAUCUUUCUCUGUGUGCAAGCGCUGCGUUCAUAAAACCACCAAUACAGAAUAUGCAGUCAAGGUGAUCGAUAAGACAAACACCGAUCCUUCUGAAGAGAUUGAGAUUCUGUUGCGGUACGGACAACAUCCCAACAUCAUCACACUGAAAGACGUGUAUGAUAACGGGAAGCUGGUUUUCCUGGUGACGGAGCUGAUGCGAGGCGGUGAACUGCUUGAUCGAAUCCUCAAACAGAAGUUCUUCUCUGAGAGAGAAGCCAGCGCCGUUCUGUACACCAUCACUAAGACCGUGGAGUAUCUGCACUCUCAGGGGGUUGUACACAGAGACCUGAAGCCCAGUAACAUCCUGUAUGUGGACGAAUCUGGAAAUCCAGAGUCACUGCGGAUCUGUGACUUUGGUUUCGCUAAACAGCUCCGAGCCGACAACGGCCUCCUGAUGACUCCCUGCUACACGGCUAACUUUGUCGCUCCUGAGGUGCUGAAGAGGCAGGGUUAUGAUGAGGCGUGUGACAUUUGGAGUUUGGGAGUGUUGCUGUACACCAUGUUAGCAGGUUUCACUCCUUUUGCUAACGGUCCCGAGGACACACCAGAGGAGAUCCUGGGCAGGAUAGGAAGCGGGCAUUUCACCCUGAACGGGGGCAACUGGGACGCGGUGUCGGACGCAGCCAAGGAUCUGGUGUCUAAGAUGCUGCAUGUGGACCCUCAUCAGAGACUAACAGCUAGGCAGGUGCUCAAACACCCAUGGAUUGUGCAGAGGGAUCAGCUACCCAACAGCCAGCUGCAGCACCAGGACGCUAAACUGGUCAAGGGGGCAAUGGCUGCCACCUACUCGGCCCUGAAGAGUUCCCAGCCAACCCCCGAACUCAAACCCAUUGAGUCCUCAUUCCUGGCCCAAAGACGUGUGAAAAAGCUGCCCUCCACCUCUCUGUAGAUACCCCAGAGAGCACGCCAGAGAGAGUAGGAGAGCACCACGGAAGGGAACAAAAGCCGUACUGUAUGAAAGCCACUCUGAAGCUCUGUGGACUGAAAACGCUCUCUUCACCUCACACGUGCCAUCAGCAGGCUCACGGAGCUUAGACAAGCUGUCAAUCAGAGCAGACAGUGGCUGUGAUUGGCAGAUGGAGAUUGGAGUGCUGGGAUUUUCAGUGCUGGGAUUUCAGUGUUCCAUAAAGAUAUAUGUAUGUGUGUGUGUGUGUGUGUGUGUGUGUGUGUGUAGGAGAGUGCCAGAUAGAGCUACAGACUCUUAUUAGGAAGCAGUCGAUAUUGGUGGCCUGUUUGUGGUCCUGCUGUUCGGUUUCUUUCAUUUCUGUUUCUUCGUGUGGGGUUUAUUUUCCUGCUUUGCUUGCUUUGUUUAAUGUAAAACGGAUAAAUCAGUUUGAUCAUGACUCUGGAGUCUGGAACACAGAGAGACUUUACACAAACUGGGAAUGUUUGCGAGCCCCCUCCUCUAUUGCUGCAGAUAUAAAAGCAUGAGAGUUGAGACUCUUACCAAGUGCAUUGUGGCUACAGGGGGGUAGUUUUUGCAUGGCUGCUGAUGUGUAAAAUGCUGUGUCGUUGCUUUGCCAAGCUUCACAUCGCUUUGUGACGCGCUUUUGCACAGGGUUCAGGAUGUACCAGUGUGUUUUCUUGCUUUUUUUUUUUUUUUUUUUUUUUUUUAAAGAUUAUAUGAAAACAGGAUGAUGAUGAUGAUGAUGAAUUAAAUCUCCCAAGCCCGAAGCUCUGUAGUGGCAUGCCUGAAGUCUUGUAUUUUUCAACGCCGUGAUUUUUCUGGAUAUUGACUGCCGUCUUCUGUAUUUUCAUUGUUGGUUGCUUAUGAUUCUGUUGUUUUGUUCAUUCCGUCAAAGAAAAAGAAAAGGCAUUUUAUUAAAGCAUGCUGAGCACAACUGAGACGAAGAUAAAAAAGCCAGAGAAGAGACUGCUGGUCUUUUGUAUUUGUUUCUUUCUCUUUUUUAUUUUGUUCAUCUAGAUGCCAGUUGUAAAAGUGUAUGGAUUUAGAAUUUGCUGUCACACACUCUUGAGGGUAAUAGAGACGUCCUGGAGAUGGAUCUGAUUCGUUGUUUCUGAAUCUCCAUUCGCCAAGCAAAGGAUGUUGGGGGGAGGGGGGGAUUGUGCUAAUUCAUCCCAUCUCUCUUCGAUUUUCUGCUAAACGUAGACACCUGCAGGCAUAAACACACACACACACACUGACUUUAGGAAGAACAUGCAUGCUGUCCCAUUCUAUAUUUUGACACUGACGUUUUCAAAAGAAAUCAUCAUUUGCAUAGUGCUACAGUGUCAAAACAGCCUGAAAAUAGUCUCAACUGUAAACGAUUCACGUGUUUAGCUGUCAUUCUGGUCAGGCAGGAAGCGGAGAGGUUUAUCUCAGACGCAGGUUCUCACAAUUUACAUAAUCCCCCCCCCAUUAAUUAAAUUCAUUAGAUUUCCUCCAGCGAAUCAGCAUAUAGUUAAAUUGAAUCAUUUAGGACUGAUUCGAUAUGAACUGUUAUGUACUGAAUCAUUUUGUAAAGUGACUCAUUAGAAAGUUGGUUCGGUUUAAGUAACGAAUCACAAUCUGAAACGAUUCACUGAUCAGCCUCUGACGAGCAGGUGUUCGCUUUUCAUAUACUGAAUCACUUGACACUAAACAACUCAUAUGAACCAGUGAAAAGAGUCAAAUGAACCAGUGAAUUGUUUACAGAAGAAUCGAUUGAAUCGUUCGUCUAUUAUACUGAAAUGCUGAGUGUGUGGUGGAGCAGUGUGUGACAGCUGAUGGUGUUUCAGGGCAGAGUAACUGUGUGAAUCAUCUUUGUACUGUAAAUGUUGUUAAAGUAUAUAUUAUACAUAUAUUUUCUUGUGUUCAGAAAAGUUUCUGAAGGUUGAUCUAAAGCUUCUUUCCUCCAAAAUUGCUUUGUCCAAAUGUGGCACUUGCUUUCUUCAUGUCUUUUGGGGGGGGGGGGUACAGCCCCAACAGCACGUGCUGUUGGGGCGACCGUCAUCUCCAGUGUAUGUUCUUGUUCUCUGAAGACCCAGAGUCAGGUCUGUGUUCGGUUCCUGAUGCUUUUCUAUUAAACUCACCUUUUUCUGCCCUGCACUUUCUCUGCUUCUGUUUCUGCUUCUGUUGCUCAAACUUUCUACACACAGUGUUGCCAGAUUGGGCGAGUUCCCACCCAGUUGGGCUCCUUUUGGUUAUGUCUAACUGGGAAAAUAUGCCUUGGGUGGGUUGAUUAAAAUUGGCCUGGUUUGUGAUGCAACUAGCGGGUUUUUAAUUUUGACUAUAAACAUGAUGUUUUAUUAAUUUUCCAUUCAAAUGAACUUUAUUAUAAAGUAUAACAUGUAAUGUUGACGUUUUAAUAGAGACCGGCCAUGCUGUAUGGUUUAGAGUCACUGAGGAAGAGGCAGGAGUCAGUGCUGAAGAUGUUGAGGUUCUCUUUGGGAGUGACACGGUUGGCCAGGAUUAGGAAUGAGUACAUCAGAGGGACGGCUCAUGUUGGACGUUUGGAGGACAGAGUUAGGGAGGACAGAUUAAGAUGGUUUGGACAUGUUCAGAGGAGGGAGAGUGAGUAUAUCGGUAGGAAAAUGUUGGACAUGGAGCUGUCAGGCAGGAGGCAAAGAGGAAGGCCAAAGAGGAGGUAUAUGGAUGGAGUAAAUGAGGAUAUGAAGCUAGCGGGUGCAAGUGUUGAGGAUGCAGAAGAUAGGGAUAGGUGGAAAGAGAUGAUUCGCUGUGGCAACGCCUGAAGGGGAAAGCUGAAAGAAGAUGUUCAGUAUAGCCAAUAAGGUUCAGGAGAGUCUUGUCCUAUCAGACGUUGUACUAUAAUAAAGACUAUUUAUAUUUAUCUGGAAGUCCCUAUAAAAAAGUAAGCGUGUUUAUAUGCUAUUAUUCUGCUAUAAAAUUCUGAUGUCAUGUUUGAUAAUUAAAUAAACGUAUACAGGUAGCUAACAGUGUGUGUAAGUAAAUAGUGCCCUUUGCACUGACCCAUUUGUUUUGGGUUUUCUGUUUAUUACUGUAUUAGUUAUCACAGUGGGCUGGUAUUUUUUAAAUGGGUGACUUUUAAGCUGUAGUUGGGAUGGAACCCUUCAAUCCAAUCUGGCAACCCUGUGUACACAGAGUCAGUCGGUUUAAUCUGCUCCAUCGUGUGUCCAGGUUACAUAUACCCUGUGCUUUCUUCCUUUUUUAGGAUUGUGUGGUAAUUAACUACAAGACACAAUACUACAAGACACAAUAAAGUCCAAGGCUUUAUGAGACGAGGAGAAAAUACACAGAUCCUAAAGCACGGGAUAAAAAUUUCAACACGACUGGACAUUUAUUCCUGCUUUUUAUACAGAUGCUGCUUUUCACAUUGAUUUAACAUAUCAUGUUUCACAGAGCUCAGUCAUUUUGGCAUUGAUCAUUAGAAUGUGCUAUUGUUUUUAAACAAACCAAACUGUUUAUUAUUAUUAUUUUUAUUAUUAUUAUUAUCAGAGGCGGCAGGCAUUAUCAUUACUGCUAGGAUAAAAUAUUGAAAAAUUCAAUUGUUAAAGCAUGCAAUAAAUCUACUAUGAAUCAGUGAAUCUGAGUUCAA